AUGUCACAGAACACUGCACUGCGCGCCUUCCGCAGCGUCACAUCCACAUUGCGCCCAGCAUGCCGCUCCCUCCAACCUGCGCGAUGCCUAUCUCAAACCACGAGCACACCCGCACCACCUCCCCCAUCGAGAACUGUUCCUCCGCCGAAGCAACAGCUGGGCGGACUCGAUUCGCUCAUGACAUCGAUCGGUGGCAACUUCCAACGCGCAUCGCCAGGCGAGUUUGCCAACAUGAUCCCUGGCCAGGGAAUGAUACAGAAUCUCGCAAUUCGCGACUGGGAGGAAGACGACAAGCACAAGCUGCACAUCUACUCCACCAAGCACAACACACACAUUACUUUGUCCAAGCCAAAUCGAGAUGCACUGAUCAGCGUAUCGUGCGGCAACAUCGGGUUCCGGAAAGCGGGGCGCGGGACUUAUGAUGCGGGCUACCAACUGGCGGCGUUCGUGAUGAGCCGGAUACAGGACAAGGGCUUGUUGCCGCAGAUCAAGAAGCUGGAGCUGGUAUACAGGGGAUUUGGGCAGGGCCGAGAGGCGGUCACAAAGGCGAUACUAGGAAGUGAGGGCAGGAAGAUACGAAAUCUGAUCGUCAAGCUCAGCGACAGCACGAGGUUGAAGUUUGGAGGUGUACGGAGCAAGAAGCCUAGAAGGUUGGGAUAG